AGCUCCCACCCUCUGGCCUCAUCCAGGGCUAGCAUGUGGCCACUGCAACCUCCAGAACUCAGGGGCUUUUGGGGUCACAUCCAACCUUCUAAUGCAUCUGCUCUGUGAUCGUGGGUAAGCUGGUCCCCUUCUCUGAGCCUUAUCUGCGACAAGCAGAGAGAAUUCAAGAAGAUGGAUGUAAAGCAUCUGGUAAUUGCCAGGCCAAGAGACUGGGCGCUGGAUAUUUAGGGCCGCAGGCCGAACCACCCGCUCCUGACUCAGCCGAUGCACCCUGGGUGGAGAGGGAAAACGGACUACAUGUGUGAGCCCAGGCGGUGCUCGGCCUCUGCGGCCUGUUUCCCGCUGUCCUAAGAAGAACGCCCCCCUCUUCUCCACCCCUUCCCAGUUCCCGGCAGCCCUGGCCGCCCCGCCCCCUCAGCAGCUGCUGCUCCCACCCCCUCCCUGCCUAGCCCAUUCUGCCUCGUCAUCUACUGCCCCGCGGAGGCUCGACUCUUGAGUGGGGCCGCCCGGAACGCACAGAACCGGGAGCCCGCCCCCCCCCCCCCAGCACCUGGCUGGAGGAGGGAAGAGAAACUGGGCAGAAUCUGCGCCCCCUCAUCACCAGCCGCGCUCGAAGGAGCCCCCACCAUGGGCAAUGCGCAGGAGCGGCCCUCAGAGAUGAUCGAUCGCGAGCGGAAACGCCUAGUGGAGACGCUGCAGGACGACUCCGGGCUGCUGCUGGAUGCACUGCUGGCGCGCGGCGUGCUCACCGGGCCUGAGUAUGAGGCGUUGGACGCGCUGCCUGAUGCCGAGCGCAGGGUGCGUCGCCUGCUGCUGCUGGUACAAAGCAAGGGCGAGGCCGCCUGCCAGGAGCUGCUGCACUGCGCCCAGCGUACUACGCGCGCGCCAGACCCGGCCUGGGACUGGCAGCACGUGGGCACUGGCUACCGGGAACGCAGCUACGACUCUCCAUGCCCUGGCCACUGGACGCCUGAGGCACCUGACUUGAGGACCGCUUGCCCCGAACCGCCCAGAGCUUCAGACUGCGACGAGGCUGGGGUUUCAGGGGGCUCGGAGGCAGUAUCCGGAACCCUCGAGGAACUCGAUCCGGAAGUGGAAGCUGAAGUCUCUGAAGGGGCUGAGCCAGAGUUGGAACCCCAAAUGGAUCCGGAACCAGAGCCAGCACCUGAACUGGAGCCAGAGCCAGAGCCAGAGCCCGACUUUGAGGCGGGUGACGAGUCUGAAGAUUCCUGAAUGUCAGCGUGCUGACAGGCUGCUGCUCUCUGCCCAAAGCAGACAGGACCUGGGAUCCUGCUCUGGCAUUGGGGAGGAUGCCACCAAGUCUCCACCUGUCCCAGUACCAUUGGAAGUGAAUAAACUCCGGUGGGUCACCUUGGGCCCUCUCUGUGA